AUGUCUGCACCUCGAACAGCUUCUAUAACACGAAAAACUAAUGAAACCAACAUUGAAGUCUCGAUAAACUUGGAUUGUGCGCCUGGAUCUCAAAUUGCGCAAGAGAUCAAUGUUUCCACUGGAAUAGGCUUUCUUGACCAUAUGUAUACUGCUCUAGCAAAGCAUGGGGGGAUGUCCCUUACAAUGAAAUGCGAAGGAGACCUGUGGAUCGACGAUCACCACACUGCAGAUGAGUCAAGAAUAAGAUUCGCAAUUGCUCUUGGGACAGCGUUUAAAGCAGCUUUAGGUGAGGUUCGGGGAAUCAGACGCUAUGGUACAGGGUUUGCGCCGUUGGACGAGGCUUUAUCACGCGCAGUCAUCGACAUUUGCUCAAGACCAUAUUGUGUUACCGAACUCGGCCUGAGGAGAGAAAAGAUUGGAGAUCUCUCAACGGAAAUGAUCCCUCACAUAUUCUACUCUUUCGCAAUUGCAUCAGGAUGUACAUUGCAUGUGGACGUACUCCGAGGGGAAAACGAUCAUCAUCGUUCCGAAUCAGCCUUCAAGGCUCUUGCUCUGGCAAUUCGACAAGCAAUCGAAAGAACUGGUGGGAAUGAUGUUCCCAGUACAAAGGGUGUACUUUAG